AUGGAUGACGCUAUGAGCCUUGCUGCUUCCUCUGAUCAGGACUGCGAGAGUGACGAUGGCCUUGCGGUUUCUCCUACUGGGGGCAGUGUCCAUAGCGGAAGUGAUGACGCUAUGAGCCUGGCCAGCUCCUGCGAAACGCACACGGUGAGUCUUCAGAGUAGUUCCCUUGGGGUGGAUGGUGAGUGUCAGCCACCAGACCGCAGGGCCAGCUUCAGGAUGCAUUCCCGCGAAAGCGAGCCCGGCAAACCGCUUGACGAGGGUGUGUUGCAGCGAAGCAUGCGGUGGGCCUGUGUGUUGGUCGAGGCACUGCAAGAGAAGUUCAGUCAUGCAGAGCUACGGUCAAGCUUAUGGUGCAGCAGUCGACAGGUGACGACUCACUGUAGUGGUCUUGGUGCUGCUGAAGUGGCGCUAGAACUGCUGAAAGCCGCGUCCGAAAUCUAUGCCCAGGACCUGUCCCUCAAGCUGACCAUGUCCGCAUCCUGCGACAGCAGCUCUGCUUGUCGAAAGAUUCUCCUGCUCAGGGAUGCUUCCUCACAUGUCUUCGGUGACAUCUUCACUUCGUUCCCUGGGUGGCCCGGCAAGUCGGGCACGAGGACACCGGCUCAGAACUUGGCGAUGUUGGAAGCCCUCUACCAGGGUGACUUGGGCUCGCACUGCUUCAAGCAAGACUUGGAAAUUCAUCUGAAGUCAGGUGAUCGCCACCUGCAGCCGUGCUGUCACUUCAAAGCUGAUGGUGACCUGACUGGCUCGCCUUGCCAACCAUGGUCCCAGCGCGGACUCCGACGCGGACUGUGCGAUGAUCGGUCAGCGGUGACAAUGGCUUGGAUGGUGAGAGUGAGAAAGGAGAGAAGAAAGUGGGUGAUACACGAAAACACGCCUGGUUUCGAUACCAAGUUGCUCGACACCUACUUGGGUGAAGAUUACGAGACUGGGCCUGCGAGUACCGACAUGUAUCACAUGGUGCUCUCGCCCAAGGACUUGGGCGAGAGCACUCGUCGAAGCAGGGUCUACUCCGUGGGGUACCUUCGCUGCGACGUCCAGGUGAAGGUGAACCCCGUGAUGUGUCGAGAACUCGCAGAAUGCUUGAAGGUGAAGAACACGGAGCCUCCCAGUGCCAGGGAUUUGCUGAUAGCCUCGAAGAGUGAGGUUCUGCAAGAAGAGAAUCGUCAUAGGCGGAAACGUGGGCUGGAACCGCUGGCAGCUUGCUCCAGCGACUGGACAUACUUGCUCACCCCUGGUCGACAACGGUCUCUUGCGUUCAGCCUCGACACCUGGAAGAGAGUGAACGUUGGGCAGGACCCCUUCUGCAGGCCUGAUCUGGUUUUUGACGUCAGCCAAAACUCCCUGAGAGGCUACAAUGUGUAUGGUGAUUCGGAGAAUGGGGAGUGCUUGGCACAGGCAGCACACCUUCAGCAUGUCGAUGCAGGGGACGGCAGAGAUCGCAAAGCGGUGAAGCAAACGGCGAGGGGUGCCACAUGUGAGAAAAAUCAAGUGCCGGAGCACGG